UUUAGGUCGCAACACGUGGCCGAAGAUUAUUACACGUUCUAUUGAAUCUUAAAGAAUCUAGAGAAUCUAUUGAAUCUUAUAAGAAUCUAUAGAAUCUUUAACUUGGCGGAAGAUUCCAAAAAACUAUGUAAAAAAGGGAAGAAGAAAAAAGGAAGACUUGACUGAGAUUAUCUACGUCUUUGGCCUGGAUGGCUUUGUGGUUUGUGUUGGGAAGCCAGCUUCGAGCACAUUUGAAGACUUGCUGUAUUAGUGGAUGGAGAAUAACAGUGAACAAACACCCUGUGAAAUCAAAACAAACUUUGGACUUUUAUCAAAAGAAUCAAUUUAAUAUACAGCCACAACUCUGUUUUUCAAAUUUUGCAGACAGUAGUAGUAGCUUGAGAAAAUAUUUAAAAUAUAGUGUGCCAUUAAACAGAUUACGCACCCAGAUGGAUGUACAACUCCUCCUUCCUCCUCCUAGUGUGAGGGGGAUGAAGGAAUUGAAUCGAGAAGCAUUCCAAAAGUCAGUAACUGUUCCAGCAAUUAUUCUGGAUCCUGAACAUAUUAGACAUGUACUGAAGAAAGUCAAAAGAUAUUUAUUAAAACUUAAUAACCUGAAGCCUGUGCAAAACAUAGAGGGUCAUCCAGAGAUGAAAAGGAUUCUUCUCAACCCUCUACUAGUAACAGAUACCAAGGAAAUUGUGAACUCUUUCUCAGCUGGUGAAGCAAAAGUAGAGAUGCAGGAAAUUGUCUUGAAUUAUGAUAACUGGAAAGCUGAAGACAUUUUGCGUGCAGUCCUGCCAGAAAACCAAGAAGCAGGACAGAGCUACUCCAUAAUAGGUCACAUCCUUCACCUCAACUUACGAGACUAUGUGCUCCCAUACAAGAAUCUGAUUGGCCAAGUGUUGCUUGAGAAGAUUCAAAAUAUUUCUUUGGUUGUUAACAAGACAAAUAAUAUUGAUUCAACAUACAGAAAUUUCCAAAUGGAAGUCUUAGCAGGCAGUGGUGAAACAGAAGUCACAGUAAAGGAAAAUGGAUGUACAUUUACUUUGGACUUUGCUAAAGUUUAUUGGAAUCCAAGAUUAUCCACAGAACAUGAACGCAUUGUUAAAAGAUUGAAUUUUGGAGAUGUGCUUUAUGAUAUCAUGUCUGGAAUUGGUCCAUUUGCUAUUCCAGUAGGCAGAAAAAAGUGUUCUGUAUUUGCUAAUGACCUGAACCCACAUUCUUAUAAAUAUUUAGAGAAAAACUGUGUAAGCAAUAAGGUAACUGAUAGGGUUAAAUGCUUUAAUCUAGAUGGAAAUGAAUUUAUUAAAACAGUGGUUAAAGAAGAUUUGUUGAAGAGGUGGAGGGAUCCACAGUUUUGUGGAACCAUACAUAUUACCAUGAAUCUCCCAGCACUUGCUGUCGAGUUUCUUCCUUCCUUUAUUGGGCUCUUUAAGGAUGUAGAUGGCCUGCCUUCAGAAGUAAAUUUGCCACUUGUUCAUGUAUACAUGUUUACACCUGAUGCAAAGGACAGUACUGCAAUUGCAAAGGUAGCAGAACAGUUUGGAAUUCGGGCUGAUCUAGAUCAGGAAAAAACAGCUUCAGAGGAGAAAGAAGAAUUGGAAAAAGGCCUUGGGAAUACAUAUGAUAGCUUGCGACAAAAUGUAAAGGAAGUGUUUCAUGUACGACAAGUUGCACCAAACAAAGCAAUGAUGAGAGUGAGUUUCAGCCUAAGCAAAGAAAUACUUCUGGGAAGUGCUGAAGGUAUAAAGGAACCUCCUUGCAAAAAAGUAAAGGUGGAGGAAAGUUAAUAUCAGUAUGUGUAAAUCUUAUGUAUGUAUUAUUGGCAAUAGAGCUUACUUUGUCUAAUAAAAAGGAAACUUUA